AUGUUUUUACGAUCAAUACGGCGGCUUUCCGGGAUUGGGAAACCGUUCAAGACUAUUCAGGAGGUGGAGGAGUAUUUGGCAAGGCCUAACUGGGCCACAGCAGAGCUUUUAGUCAAGGCUGGAGACGAUGGUUUGAGCCGUGAGAAACUGUUGAAUUUGCAACAAUUGUCCGGGUUAAACGCUGAGUCUAACGAAGAGACUGAGGCGACCCUUUUAAAAAGCAUCCAGAGACAACUGGGGUUUAUAAGAAACAUUGAAGACUUGGCCCUUCCCGUGGAAGGCUCGACCGUGGAUACACGCCUAAUACCCAAACCCAAGGCGCUGGUAUUUGCGGAUUUGGUGAAACAUGCAAAGUCUGAUCCCGAGAAAGGAGAAGUAUUUGAUAGUUGGAAUCCUACAGGACUAGCAGUGGACUCUGAUGAUGGGUAUUACGUGGUGCGGGAUAGCUUGGAUAAAAACGAGGAGAAAGCCGUUUGA